AUGAAUAUCACAAAGAAGAUCGAUCGCGCCUUCCAAUGGGCCGGCGAGAAGAUGGGUGCCGAGGCAAAGACUAGCAUGUCGGACGACUUCAAAAUGCUCGAGACCGAGAUGGCCCUCCGCUACGACGGAGCGGAUCGCCUACAGAAGUCCAUGAAUGCCUACGUCAAGUGGCUUUCUCGCCGGGGUGAGACAUUCGAAGACAAGGAGAAGGGGCUGCCGGCAGCCUACCUGGGCCGCACCAUGAUUAGCCACGGCGAGGACUUUGAGAACGACUCUGAGUUUGGGAAUUGCCUGAUUGCUAUGGGACGAGCGAAUGAACGAGUAGCCACCUUCCAGGAGCACUUUGCGAAUGAUGCGACUACGUACUGGCUAGAGUCACUCGAGAGAUCGCUUGCUAUGAUGAAGGAGUAUCAGUCGGCCCGCAAGAAGCUCGAGAACCGCCGUCUUGCAUACGACGCAUCCAUCACCAAGCUACAAAAGGCGAAGCGCGAAGACUUUCGCAUUGAGGAGGAGCUACGCACAGCCAAGGCCAAAUAUGAGGAGAGCAGCGAGGACGUGUUGCGACGGAUGCAGGACAUCAAGGACGCAGAGGUCGAUAGUGUGCGGGACCUCACCCACUUCCUCGAUGCCGAGCUCGAGUAUCAUGAACGCUGCGCCGAGGAGUUGAAGAGGCGGCAGCCCGGACUGGGCAGAGAGAAGUGCGAGCCCGGCUACGAGCUAUGGCAGCCUGAGCAGGACGACGAGCAGCCUGACGAUAGGUGGGACCAGGAAAGCGCCUCCACCUCCACCGCCCAGCCGCUCGAAGAAACCCCCUCCGCCGGUUCCUGCGAGACGUGA